AUGCCUGAAGUUGCUGAAGUUGCACAUGUUUGUGCUUUGCUUCGUAGAAAUGUGAUCGGAUUUAAGAUUGCAAACUUGCAAUUGAAGAACGAUCCAUUAUUAUUGCCUAUAUUGAAAAGUAGCCCCAAUGCAGAAUUGGAAUUGGAAAAAUUACAAAGCAGUAUAGCUAACUCGACUGUUAAGUCUGUUGGAAGACAUGGUAAACACUUUUGGUUAAGAUUGCAACCGCCAGGAAGUGCAAGCACAAGCGUUAUGUUGAUGCAUUUUGGUAUGACGGGUAUGGUUAAGAUAAGAAAUAUUAAGUCCCAUUUGGUUUUCAUGGAAAAUGGCGGGGAUAAAAAGAUACUUGAAGACAAAUUGAAAGAGAAGGAAAGCAAGUUGAAAGACAAAUCUGUGAAAUUGGAAGCCGAAGUACAGACAGAAAAUGCUAUUGAUAUCAUCGAUAGCGAAGAUGCUGAGUGGCCACCGAGAUUUGUAAAAUUGGAGUUUGAUUUGGUCAAUGGCGACAAAAAGUUAGAAUUUGCUUUUGUGGAUCCAAGAAGACUUGGACGUAUCAGAUUUUUAGAGGGAGAUACUGUUCAAACGGACGAAGAUUUGCUUAACAAUGAACCGUUGUCUAAGUUAGGACCGGACUACUCAAAGCCAGCUGAAAAGAUCAAAAAAGAAGAUGGUGCCGAUUUUGAAUUUGGAGACCCAGACCCAGAUCAUCAUGGAAGACCAAGACUUUCCCUCCAGGACUUUAACAAGCUUAUUUUGUCUAAGAAAAAGCCAAUCAAGGCAUUAUUGCAGGAACAGGAAUAUUUCUCAGGCGUUGGGAACUGGGUCUCUGAUGAGAUUGUAUAUCAGGCCAGAAUUCACCCUGCAGAAGUAUUGUCUUCAAAAUUAUCUUACGACCCACUGGCUGUAGAUCCAGUGAUCUCCAAGCUCUACGAGUCUUUGAUUUAUGUUGUGGAGGAAAGUGUUAAAAUCGAAGGUGAUGUCACGAAAUUUCCUGAUCAUUGGUUAAUGCUAUUCCGCUGGGGUAAAAGAAGAAAAAAUGGACCAAAGGUCAAAACAAACGAUGGAUACGAAGUAGAUCAUAUUACAGUUGGAGGAAGAACAAGUUGCUUUGUACCUAAACUUCAGAAAAUGCUUCCGGUACCAAAGAAAAGAUCAAUCGAUAAAGAAGUGAAAGAAGAAAAGGUACAAACAAAGAAAAGAAAUACAAAAAAAUAA